CACAGCUAGUGACGAAGUGAAGCCGCACGAAUCCUGAUUGCAGCUUUCUGAUAUAUUGGCAUUGAAAUAGGAUAUUUCCUUGUUGUUUAUUAUAUAAAAGCAGAACCGCGGAACCAUGGCAGCCCAGAAGAUAAACGAAGCCCACGAACAUAUCGCCAAAGCUGAAAAAUACUUAAAAACCAGUUUCAUGAAGUGGAAACCCGACUAUGACAGUGCAGCUUCAGAGUAUGCAAAAGCAGCUGUUGCUUUUAAAAAUGCAAAACAAUUAGAUCAAGCAAAAGAAGCCUACCUGAAUGAAGCCCAGGCACAUACAGAUAACAGAGCUCUUUUCCAUGCUGCAAAAGCAAUUGAACAAGCAGGCAUGAUGUUAAAGGAGAUGCAACGAAUGCCUGAAGCAGUUCAGUAUAUUGAGAAAGCAAGCAUGAUGUAUGUGGAGAAUGGUACACCAGACACUGCAGCAAUGGCAUUGGAUCGGGCUGGCAAAUUGAUAGAGCCGGUAAACCUGGAAAAGGCAGUGGAACUAUAUCAACAGGCUGCGUCUGUGUUUGAAAAUGAAGAUCGUUUACGGCAGGCGGUGGAACUAUUGGGAAAAGCCUCCCGACUGCUGGUCAGGGCUCGCAGAUUUGAUGAAGCUGCUGUAUCCAUACAAAAAGAGAAGGACAUGUAUAAAGAAAUAGAAAAUUAUCCUACAUGCUUUAAGAAAACAAUUGCACAAGUGCUUGUUCACCUUCACAGAAAUGACUUUGUUGCAGCAGACAGAUGUGUCAGAGAAAGUUACAGUAUCCCAGGGUUCAACAGCAGUGAAGACUGCGGUGCAAUGGAGAAGCUUUUAGAAGGCUAUGAUCAGCAAGAUGAGGACCAAGUGUAUUCCGUGUGUAACUCUCCUCUAGUCAAGUACAUGGAUAAUGAUUAUGCCAAAUUGGCUCUGAGUUUAAGGGUCCCAGGUGGGGGCAUCAAGAAGAAAUCUCCUGAAACUCCCAAGAACGGAGCUGGGGGCUCAGGAGUGGAGCAGGAAGAUGAUGAGUAUUCCGGGGGACUCUGCUAAUCCUGAACAUGCCGUAAUCUUUCAGAUACUACUUUACAUUAAGACAUUUGCAGACCAGCAACAGCGCCACGUAUUGGCAGAACCUUGAACGCCUCUUAAGGUUAAUUGCAGGGGUACAACAGAUAUACACACAUUUAAAUAUUAUAAGUGAGAACAUAUUUAAUCAUUGUUUGCUGUUCUGUGAGAAACAUGAUCAGAGCAAACCAUGCUUGCCCAUUGUGAUUGAAUAUAAGUAUAUACACACCAUUAUUAAACAAAUAUAUUGUGCAACACUUUUCGCAAUGUUAUAUCUCAAAAUAGGUCGAGACCUAUUCAAAUAAUUGUAUUGUUGAAUUCUACUCGGCGCCAGGAAGCUCAAUUAAUUAGCCCAUGGAUAUCUAACUAGUUGGAAAUAACCAUGGCUCCUGUGUUUCCUGGUAGCAGCUGUACACUUGAUAUUUGUUAUAUCUCUGCCAAGAACAUAUCAUUCAAGUUUUUGCCAAUGCAGAGCCAAGAAAAGUAGUAAGUGGAUUAGUGGCCAGCCAUCAGUGUUAAGUAUGUUUUCCUCCUAAAUGAAUUCAUUUGUUUUGAAAUGUGUAUCAAAUGAAAAACAAGGUAAGAUGUAAACUUUCCCAGGAUACCCACAGUUGUUUUUGGUCUAUCUGCCAAACCAGACCAUGGAUCCAGUAUGUGCAUCAUAUUGAGCUAUUAAAAGUUUUUUUUUUUUUUUUUUUUUUUUUUUUUUAUGUUCAUCAUAUGAAGCGCUUCAUGGGUCUAUAAAAUGCACAUAUUAGGUGAGAAAGGAAUAUUAAGAGCGCUUUUUGGGUUUUUUUUUUUUGGUUUUUUUUGGUUGCAUUUGUAGACGCUUAAAGGAUUACUUUCCAAAGCAAUGGCACAAAGGUCAUUGCAGUUAUGAUUGUGGCUGUGUCCACACACAUAUAAAAAAUAUAGGCCCUUCUCUAAUGUUCAAGGAAGCCGGCAGGGUGUUCCCUACACCUCCAACUGGGCUGGGAGGUGCAGAUUCAACCAUUGAAACUUAUUUCAUUACGUUUGGCAGAUUGGUCAAAAACAGUCACUUGUAAACACAUUUUAGUUGACUGUUAUCAAUUCUAAAUUACUGUCAUUUAACCAGCAGAAAAGCCUGGUGUGAAAAAAAAAGUAUAACUUUUAUUUGUACAGUCUAAUUAUCCU